CCUUAAUAGGGGUUCCUUACUUCCUUGUGCAUUUUUCCCCGUUUCUUAUCUUUCUCUUGUAAGAUUUGGGAGUUGAUCCGAGUGCUCGGCAAAGUUGCGAUCUUGGCGAAGAAGAAGCCAUUCUUGUCGGAGUUGGGGGGAGCGGAGGAGCUGGAAUCAUUUUAAGGAAGGAGGAAACAGCGGGCCCGGCAGUUCUUGCGAUUAAACCUCCUAAUCCUCCUCCUGGGUGAGGGUGUAAACAACAUAAUGAAUGAUCAAGUGGAAGGACGAAGUCCCGAAAUAGCAGCUAAAGAUCCUUCAAACAAAGACGGAGAUGCUCUGAAAAGCAUUGGAUAUAAUUAUACGGUGGCCAAUAAUGGGAAGGUUACAAGAGAAAACAUCGCCGCGGAGAACGAGGAUGAUGUGGGAGAUGUGAACAUGGAAGCGGCCAUUAAAGCAGGCGAUGUUAUACGAGCUGGAGGCUUUGGAGCGAGAGAUGAUAUAAGUAGCUUUCUCCCUGCUGCGAUAGAUUCGACUGACUUCGAGGCUUCGCUCCGCGAUGCGCGUGAUUUCGAGGAAGAACAAGUGGAAACAUCACGACCUGGUCUUGGUUGGACCAAAUCUGUGGAUUAGGCUCUGUAGUUUGUUUUAAGGUGGGCAAUGAUGCUCUGUUCUUCCUUUACUUUCAAACUGAGUUUCACCUACCCGCGUAUGUUAGUUUACUUUGGUUUCUUUAUGUUAUGGAGAGUUGGUUUUCGGAGCGAGUUGUACUCUUUUGUUCCUUUUGCGCAGGUAGAGUUGGUUUAAAUGCUUUUCUCGAUAAACAUGCUUAACAGAAAUUGGAGUUCUGCUGCAAUCAUGUAGGCCCUGUUAUAAAUAGACUGUAGUUUGCAACGCGUGUAGUUGAAAAUAUUGCAAUUUUAUUUGUAUUUUGCUCUUUUAGUAGUAUAUAAUUUGAAGUGCUGCAACUGCAACUAUUUUGUUUGGUUGC